GGCGACUUCUUUUGCUCUCCUCCCGGCUCCUGUUCUGCGUUUCCGGGGCUUAGGGCCUCAUGGAGCCAGAAAAGGAAAGGACCGAGAGGCACCCCAACAAGGUCAGGAAGAGGAGGCGGGCCCCGAACAGGCUGGGCGGGGCCGCCGAGGCGAUGAGAGCCGGUCGGGAUCUCGAGGAGAGGCAGCCCGAGGCCAAGAAAGCCCGCUUAUCUACCAUUUUAUUUGCUGAUAACUGUGAAGUAACCCAUGGCCAGCUAUGUGAAUUGCUGAAAUAUGCAGUUCUGGGCAAAUCCAGUAUUCCUAAACCCAGCUGGUGCCAGCUUUUUCACCAAAACCACGUGAACAACGUGGUGGUUUUUGUUCUGCAGGGAAUGAGUCACCUACACUUCUACAGGUUCUAUUUGGAGUUUGGAUUUCUCCGAAAGGUAUUCAGACAUAAGUUCCUCUUGCCUCCUCCAUCAUCUAAUUUUCUAGCUGAUAUCAUUGGGCUACAAAAGAAGCAAACAACUGGAGAUCUGCCCAAGAUGAUGGAAGGGUCUUUGCCUUCUGCCAGUUCAAAAGCCAACAGCAACUUGCAGAAUGACCCCAUCAUUCAAAAGUAUGGCUGUAAGAAAGUGGGCUUGACCAGAUGUAUUCUGACAAAGGAGGAAAUGAAAACAUUUCACUUUCCAUUACAAGGUUUUCCCGACUGUGAAAACUUUGUACCUACCAAAUGUAGUGUUUCUAUAACAGACGACAGUCCUCUCUUUGGACUUGACUGUGAAAUGUGUCUCACAUCCAAAGGGAGAGAACUAACACGUAUCUCACUGGUUGCCGAAGGAGGGUGCUGUGUUAUGGAUGAACUGGUCAAACCUGACAACAAGAUUCUGGACUACCUCACCAGUUUUUCAGGAAUCACGAAGAAGACUCUUAACCCAGUCACAACCAAACUCAAAGAUGUACAGAAGCGGUUAAAAGCAUUGCUUCCUCCAGAUGCUGUGUUAGUGGGCCACUCCUUAGACUUGUAUCUCAGAGCAUUGAAAAUGAUACAUCCAUAUGUUAUUGAUACAUCAUUGCUUUAUGUCAGAGAGCAGGGGAGAAGAUUUAAGCUAAAGUUCUUAGCCAAAGCUAUUUUGGGGAAGGAUAUACAGUGUCCAGACAGGGUUGGUCAUGAUGCUACAGAAGAUGCUAGAACAACCCUUGAAUUAGCUCGAUAUUUCCUUAAGUAUGGCCCAAAGAAGAUUGCAGAACUAAAUCUGGAGGGACUAGCUAGUCACCCAGAAGUGCAAGCAGCAGGCCAAGAGCCGAGAAAUGCAACAGAAAUAGUUCAGUACCCAAAUACAAGUGUUUUAGAAUGCUUGGAUUCAAUGGGUCAGAAGCUCCUUUUCUUGGCCCGGGAGACAGAUGCUGGUGAACUUUCUUCUUCCAGAAACUGUCAAACUAUUAAGUGCCUUUCAAAUAAAGAGGUUCUUGAGCACGCCAGAGUGGAAAUCCCGUUGUUUCCCUUCAGCAUUGUUCAGUUCUCUUUUGAGCCCUUUUCACCCAUCUUCACUGAGGAGAUGAACAAAAGGAUGAGGAUGAAAUGGGCAGAGAUGUCAACUGUCUAUGCUGGGCCAUUUAGCAAAAAUUGCAACCUCAGGGCUCUGAAGAGGCUGUUUAAGAGCUUUGGCCCAAUCCAGUCAAUGAGUUUUGUUCUUGAAACCCACCAGCCUCAUCUCUGUAUACAGUAUGAAGUCCUGGAAGCUGCCCAGCUGGCCAUAGAAUCCUCGGAUGGCAUUCUGGUAGAAAGUACCCGUAUCAAGGUGCAGAGGCCUGUGACGGAGCUCACCCUUGAUUGUGACAUCCUCGUGAAUGAGCUGGAACGAGAUUCUGAGAAUCGGGGUACUAUUUACCUGUCUGGAGUGAGCGAAACCUUCAAAGAACACCUGUUGCAGCAGUCCAACCUUUUCCUUGGCCUGGAAACUGUGAUCUUGCCUAAAGAUCUUAAAAGUGGAAAGCAGAAAAAAUACUGUUUCCUGAAAUUCAAAAGUUUUGGCAGUGCCCAGAGGGCCCUCAACAUUCUCACAGGCAAGGACUGGAAGCUGAAAGGCAGGCAUGCCCUAACUCCCAGGCACCUCCACGCGUGGCUCAGAGGCUUACCACCUGAAUCAAAAAGGCCCCCAGGCGUUCGGGUCAUACCUCCCCCAUCAGAGCAGCAGGACUUGCAGACUCUGAAGGCGAACCACCCGAAGAUAGCAGCCUGGCGCUGGGGCCGGAAGAUUGGAAAGCUCUACCACAGCCUGUGUCCAGGAACCCUCUGCCUCAUCCUGCUGCCAGGAACCAAGAGCACUCAUGGUUCACUCUCUGGCCUGGGACUGAUGGGAAUAAAAGAAGAAGAGGAAAGCACCACUAGGAGUUUGCGUUCGUGAAUCUGCGCACCACUUUCCCUGUGCCAUUUCUUAUACCUCGUGGGCAAUGGCAGUGAGUGUGGUCAGGCUUUGGCCUCUCCAGAGGCUGCCAGGCCUCUCCAACCAGAAGACAGCUUUUGUGGAAACUUGGUGUACCAGCUAAGGAGUUUAGUUCAUUUAUAUGGCAUGUGUGAAUUUUCAAUAAAUGCCUAAAAUUCAAGCAU